GAAACACCAGCUGGUCAAGAUGACAGCUGGCUUACAGCUCGGUGUGAUUGGGUCCCUCGCACUCUCUGUUGCAUCUUCAGUUGCCAUUGUCAUCUGCAACAAAGCACUCAUCAGCACACUUGGUUUCCCGUUCGCUACAACACUGACAAGCUGGCAUCUUAUGGUGACCUACUGCACCCUCCAUGUGGCACAACGCUUACAUUUCUUUGAGCCCAAGGCAAUUGAUGGACAUACAGUGAUCCUCUUUGGGUUUCUGAACGGCACCUCAAUUGGACUUCUAAACCUUAGUUUAGGAUUCAACUCCAUUGGAUUCUACCAGAUGACGAAACUAGCAAUCAUACCUUUCACUGUGCUGCUGGAGACAAUCUUCCUUAACAAAAGAUUCAGCGAAACCAUCAAGCUCUCUCUUAUGGUAUUACUUCUUGGAGUAGGCAUCGCAUCUAUUACAGAUCUCAAGUUAAAUCUACUUGGGUCUGUCCUUUCUGGCCUUGCCAUCGCGACUACUUGUGUUGGCCAAAUUCUGACGAACACAAUACAGAAGAAACUGAAGGUCUCCUCAACGCAGUUGUUGUACCAAUCUGCACCUUACCAAGCAGCAAUUCUGUUCGCAACUGGCCCCUUUGUGGAUCAACUCCUUACGAACCGCAGUGUCUUCGCCCACAAAUACACCACUCCUGUUGUGGGUUUCAUCGUCCUAUCUUGCUUGAUUGCGGUGUCUGUGAACUUCAGUACAUUUCUUGUGAUUGGGACGACGUCUCCAGUGACAUACCAGGUGCUUGGCCACCUUAAGACAUGCCUAGUUCUCUCAUUUGGCUACACUCUACUACACGAUCCCUUCACCAUGAGGAACAUAUUAGGCAUUCUGGUUGCCAUAUUUGGUAUGGGAUUGUAUUCCUUCUUCUCGGUCAGGGAGAGCAAGAAGAAGUCAACAAAUGAUGCUCUACCGGUUUCACAGAUGCAAGAUAAGGAGACUGAACCACUUUUGGUAACCAAAGACAGCAGUGAUCCCAAAAAGGCAAAUGGUGUUUCUCACGGCUGCUAAGACUACCCAUGCUUACUGUAGAUAUAGUAAUAGUAUGCACAUCUGCUCUUCGAGUUUAAAGGACCUGGAAAGCCAUUCCUUUCCGUCCUUAAUUUCUUUUGUAGAGAAGGAAAGAUUUUCAUAUUGUAGAUUGUAUAUUUUGACAUUAAAAUUAUUAUUUCUUUAUCCCUUUCA